AAUCCACAUUCCUUAAUUCCCUCUUCAAUCUUGUGUCAUUUUUCUUUCGCUUUCCGUUAAUGAUUCCUCUCUUUUUUACGAGUUAGAAUGGUGAAGGAUUUAUCUUGGAAUUCACAGCCAUUUUCUCUUGUGAUGAUCUUUCUCUUCCUAAUUUCUACUUCCUCAACAUUCUCCCAUGGAGUUUCUGUUUCUCUCUCUCCCACACCCUUCGUACAACUCGCUUCAGGGAAAGAAAAUGGAAGUGACGUAAAGAGUGCUGUGGAGUUUUCAGCGGUGGAGGUUCCGGUUGGUGAACCUCUUCCGCCAUUGGAGGUUCCGACUUCUUCAUCCCUUGUUUUGGCUGCUCGAAGGACUUGCAGAAAAGAUCCUCUUAACGGCUUCAAGAGAUACACGGGAGGAUGGAGCUUCAGGGAGCGCCAUUACUGGGCUUCCGUUGCUUAUACUGCAGUUCCCCUAUUUGCAAUUGCUGCAAUCUGGUUUGUUGGCUUUGGUCUCUGCUUAUUGCUAAUUUUGGUCAUUUAUUUCUGCCGCAAAAGGCGGCCGUAUGGAUAUUCCCGAAUCGCUUGUGUAACCUCUCUCAUCUUCCUUGUGUUGCUCGCAGUUGCUGCAAUGCUCGGUUGCAUUGUACUAUAUGUUGGUCAGGAGAGGUUUCACAGUAGCACUACUAAAACAUUACAAUAUGUUGCGAAUCAAGCUGACCUGACUGUUAGGAAACUAAAGGAUGUGUCUGACUCUCUUGCAACAGCAAAGCAGGUUGGAGUUGAUAAAGUUUUUGUACCUUCUAAUGUCCAAACCGAUAUCGACGACAUAGGAACAAAAAUUAUCUCCUCCGCAGGCGCUCUAGCUGACAAAACGGAGGAUAACUCGGAUGAUAUUCGAGAUCUUCUAGAUUCUGUGAGAGUGGCUCUUAUUGUAAUAGCUGCUAUCAUGCUUCUAUUGACAUAUCUUGGAUUCUUAUUUUCGAUUUUCGGGAUGCAGCUUCUUGUUUACAUCCUGGUGAUACUAGGAUGGUUGCUUGUCACCGGAGCAUUCAUUCUCUGCGGUACAUUCCUUGUUCUCCAUAAUGUGGCAGCAGAUACUUGUGUUGCAAUGCACGAAUGGAUCCAAAACCCCACUGCUCAUACGGCUUUAGACGACAUACUGCCUUGUGUCGACAAUGCUACAACCCAGGAGACAUUGAUGAAAAGCAGGGAAGUUACUUCUCAGCUCGUUGAAGUAAUUAACCAGGUCAUAACCAAUGUUUCCAACAUUAAUUUUUCACCAAACUUCCCAACCGUGUACUUCAAUCAAUCCGGUCCUUUGGUACCGGUACUCUGCAAUCCGUUUUUUGCCGACCUUACCGAGCGAAUUUGCACUCCCGGUGAAGUGAAUGCAGAUAAUGCAACCAUGGUAUGGAGGAACUAUGUCUGUCAGGUUUCUGCAACCGGGAUAUGCACUACGACCGGACGAAUAACUCCGGCCUUUUACGACCAAAUGACAGCAGUAGUAAACGUGGGUUCGGCAUUGUACAAUUAUGCCCCAUUCCUGGUUCAGUUACAAGACUGCACAUUUGUGAGGGAAACUUUCACAGGCGUUUAUGUAGAACACUGCCCCGGUCUACGCCGAUAUAGCAGAUUGGUUUAUACAGGGCUGGUGAUGGUCUCUACAGCAGUUAUGCUUUCUUUAAUCUUCUGGGUAAUAUUCGGUCGGGAGAGACGCCAUCGCCUUCACACAAAACAGAUAAGUGGGGGUCCUGAAGCUGACAAAGACUCUUGAAAAAUAAGGUUUUCCUUUGAAUGUGUUGUAAUACAAUGGCAGUUAGAUUUCCCGUGUGGGAUUUGUACGUUGUAACGUUAAAGAUUUGCAUAAUCAGAUGAAAGGAUUUGUAUUGAGGGUAGAUUUUUCUUGGUU